AAAGGUAUUUGGAAAAAUUUUAUUCUUGAAACAUGAUCGCGUUUUUAAAGUACUGGUUUUUUCGUAAGAUAGAUAGUUUAGGCACAAAAUGCUUGGUUUCAUACUUUUGCCCAAUUCUGUAUAAACAAAUACAUGCUUAUACACUUAAAACUUCAAUCAAUUGGUUAAUAAUAAAAGGGACUAAAGUUGCGUCCAAAUGUGUGAACACAGGAAGUACGAACUCUGUUUAUUCAGCUUUCAGAAACUAUUAUUCCAAACUAUAAUUAAUUGUUUCUUGAACUUGAACUCGGCCGUUUGGCUUGAGCCGAUUCACCCCAAGUUAAUAUAACGUACACAAAAAAACUCAAAACAAAUUCCAAUAAACUUUUUUCGUUUUAUUACUGUUAUUAUCAACAUCAUUAUUGAACUGAAAAUUUCAUACACAAACGAAUGAAUUCCUAAGUGUUGUUGAAGUAGUCGAGUACUAAUCAAUAAGCAAUUAGAGUAGUUCACGUUUCUACAUCGUUGUCGUGACUAAAUUUGUAGCUACUAUAGAAAAAUGAGCCGUGCUUUAGAGUUUGAUUUUAUUUUGUUACAAAUAUAGUGCUUUGUUCAUGAAAUUGUAGAAUGACGGUAAAGCUGGACCUAAUCCUGUGAUAAGAUGUUCGGAUUUAUCAGCGCUUAUUUCCAACAAUGGGAGUCAUUCUACAGUUUCAUUGUAUUGCUAAGUAUAGGAACAAUGUUAGAGAGUACAAUGCCAAAUUGACUACACAAAACGUCAAUUGGAAGAUAAUAUUGUAUGUGAUGCAAAGUUGUCAUACAUGAAAACGUUAUUAGCAACUAUCGACGUUUCAGUCCUUAUCAGUCGAGUCGAAAUUUUUGGGCCAACAUUGCGGGAAAUAAAAUUUUUAGCACAGGUCUAAGACCAGCCAUUUUUAAUAUCCUGACGUGGAGUUUGCGAGCGUGACUGUAGAGAUUAUAUCGUUAUUUUUACAGCAGCAGUGCCGAAUAAUAAAAUUGUAUUAUAAACCAAUAAAAUGUAAGACGGGCGAGCGAGCGAUUUUCACUGAAUGGACUAAAAUUAGCAGAAUAUGUCUUGUAGCGUAACUGAGCGGGUGACGGAGAACAGAGCGGGGCCUGGGGGUGGGCCAGCGACCGGUGCAGGAGCUCCAGCUGGGGCGGGCUGCCGACUUCGAGGGUCCAGCAGUGCGAGCCUUUCCACGCCUCCGAACUCCAGAGGAGGGCCCCCGGCCUCGGCGGGGUCCCAGUCCGGCGGCCCCCAGAACGGCCCCCAGCCCGGCCAGGGCGCUCCGCUGCGCCCCAAGCCCUGCUGCCUGUGCUGGUGCUGCUGCUGCAGCUGUUCCUGUUCAACCCCUGGAAAAGGAAACGAUGAAAAUGGCCCUACAAGAAAUUCCAAUAACUCAGAUCUUUUAAAUUACGAUGGAGAUCCACCUCCUUCUUUAGAGGAAAUCAGAAGUUGGGGUAGAUCUUUUGAUAAACUUAUGCGAAGCCCCGUUCGGUUUUAUUCGUUUCUAGCUGGACGAAAAGUUUUUAGAGAUUUCCUACGGUGUGAAUACUCGGAAGAAAAUAUAUUAUUCUGGCUGGCUUGUGAAGAUUUAAAAAAAGAAAACAAUCCCGAAGCUGUUGAAGAGAAGGCAAGAAUCAUAUACGAAGACUACAUUUCGAUUCUAUCACCUAAAGAGGUGUCUUUGGACGCCCGCGUUCGCGAGAUCGUGAACCGGAACAUGGUGGAGCCGACCCCGCACACGUUCGACGACGCUCAGCUGCAGAUUUACACAUUGAUGCAUCGAGAUAGCUACCCCCGUUUUGUGAAUUCGCCCUUGUACCGGUCGCUGGCGCAGCAGCAGCCCCCGUCUCAGCAGCAGCAGCAGCAGCAGCAGCAGGGCGAGAAGGACGAGCGCUCGUCGAUAGCGCCGGAUCAGGACGGGCCAGGACCCCACGGGUAGCGUUCUUCCGGCCUUUGACGGCGGCCUAACGAGACCUAGACUCGACAGUCGACAAUAACUCGGAAGUCGGAAGGCGGCGGCUACGGCCAGGCGCCUCUUCGGAUCAUUCCUCGCUCCGACACCGAUGCACCGUCAGUUCCAAAAGUGCGACCGUGGACCGGUGUCGUCAACGGACCAAUCCCGGAUCGGGACAGUGACGUUACAAACCGUUAUUUUGUUACCGCGUGCAUUUCAUAGCAAUCAGACUUGGACGUCACUCGUCGCUCACUUCUUAAAUAUUAGUGUUGUGUAAUAACGAAGUUAUGGUUCAUCUCACUUCUAGGAUUAGGAUAAUGUGGCAUAAGAUUAAGUAAUAAUAAGGGCUACUUGUCUCACUAGUCAACCCACCCCAUCCCGCCGCCGCUCGCCGCGACUUACAAUAUGAAGAUGUGAUAUAACUACGUAGCGACUCGACCACGGCGGUCAGCCCUGCCCUCAUUCUACUUGCACCACACCAUGUACCCCAAUUAUAGUACACUAAUAAUCGACACACUGUGAAUUCAUAUAAAUAAAUAUCAAAUAUACGUUUGUUGUCUUCAUUUAUAA